AAUCACUCACAGAUUCAAUCCAGGUGUGUAGCAGAAGGGAAACACCUAAAACAUGCGGGGCGGGGGUGCGUGAGGACCAGAAUUAAGAAACACUACCCUAAAUGCCUUGUAUUUUCCAGUGAUGGACAUGCUGCUUCAUACCAUCAAACUCCCUCCACCAGAUGUAGUGCAGUGAGGAUUUGGCAAGUUUUUAUGGCACAAUCCAUAUACUCACCUCUGCAACAAGCUUUUGAUAGGGUGUAAGAUUUCUAUUUAAAAAUAUAUUUUAAUUUUUGUGCUAAAUUUAGUAUGUGCAAGUGAUUUCUUCAAUACACCAGAGUUGCUCUCUAUUUUGUUUUAAAACAUCUACCAUGAGGUUGUUGAAUUGUAUUUUAUUUAAGCAAUCCCUUGCUCUCUCCAUGAUUUGUCUCACUGUGAAACCGUAUUUUUAAAAGAAUGCUUACUCUAUUUAACUCUUCUUACAUUUAUCUGUUUUAAAUAUUUUAUCAGUCUCAAAUGUCUGGAAUAAAACUUGGGCAACAGAUGCAGAAAUUUCAAAUUUAGCUUUAGAAGCUUUGCAAUUCCAUAAGUGUGGUAAGGAACUUAAACUAGGCGUACCCUUGGAAUGUCAUUCAGUGCGACUCUGAAAUAAUCCAACGUUCAACGAAUGAACCUUACCAUACGUCAGCAACACUGAGCCCGCCCAGUCUAUCUCUCUUAGCCAAUCACGAUUUAAAUAAAAUAUCAAUCAGCCAAUCCAAAAGUCAGAAGCGGAAAAUGGGUGGGUGCUUGUGAAGUACGGUUCACGGACGCUGUCGCGAACUUUACCGGUUUGCAACAAGCCCCCUGGACCCUGUUCGUCUUUUUUGUUAGCGUCUUAGACCAUGGGCAGUGUGUUGGCUGCUGCCUCACCCAGUCCGGCCCCAGCUCCAGCUGGUGGUCAAGGGGUCCCGGGUUUGGUCUCCGUUCCCCCCGGCUUCACCAUGCCCCCAGUGUCUUCUGUCCCUCCAGGGUCCGAAUCUGACCAGCAGAAAGCGGAUGCAGAUUCACCACUCCAGAACCCUGGCACAUAUGAGGAGUGUCACAGGAAAUGUAAAGAGGUCUUCCCCAUGCAGAUGGAAGGGGUGAGACUAGUAGUAAACAAAGGCUUAAGCAACCACUUCCAAGUCAGCCACACCAUUACUCUCAGCACCCUGGGCGAUUCUGGAUAUAGAUUUGGUUCUACAUAUGUUGGAAGUAAACAGACUGGACCAGCGGAGUCUUUUCCGGUCAUAGUUGGUGACAUGGACAACACUGGCAGUCUGAAUGCGCAGGUCAUCCACCAGCUCACAAAUGCUGUACGCUCCAAAAUAGCAAUGCAGACUCAGCAACAUAAGUUUGUCAACUGGCAGUGUGACUUUGAGUAUCGCGGUCAAGAUUUCACCUCUGCGGUGACUCUUGGAAACCCGGAUGUACUUGUUGGAUCUGGCAUUGUUGUGGCCCACUAUCUCCAGUCAAUUACACCAGCACUGGUUCUAGGUGGAGAACUGGUUUACCAUAAGAGACCAGGGGAGGAAGGAACUGUAACAUCUCUCUUAGGGAGGUAUACAGGUGACAACUUUGUUGCAACUUUAACUUUGGGCAGUGCUGGAGCUCAUGCUACAUACUAUCACAAAGCCAACGACCAGUUGCAGGUAGGAGUUGAAUUUGAAGCCAGCACAAGGAUGCAAGACACCACAACAUCCUUUGGUUACCAGCUGGACGUUCCCAAAGCUAAUUUGCUUUUUAAAGGAACAGUUGACAGUAAUUGGGUGGUUGGGGCAACCCUGGAAAAGAAACUAGUACCUCUUCCUCUUACCUUGGCUUUGGGGGCUUUCCUCAACCAUCGCAAAAACAAGUUCCAGUGUGGCUUUGGGGUCACCAUUGGCUAAAGUUGCACAGGCUGCCUGGAACCAGCUUACAGACCACGGCUUGGACUGGCGCAGAGACACCCAGGAACCUGAACUAUGUUUUAGGAAUUGGAUUCAAAGACUCUUUUACAACUGUGAUUUCUGGGGCAGACGGGGAGGAAAAAAUGAGAACUACCAAGGAGCCAGGACUGGCCAAGCCAUGCCUACAUACUGUAGCACAAAUGUCUUUCCUGUGUGGUGUAUUGGAUAUUCUGAGAGGCUAGAAUGGUGUUUAUCAGAGAGCUUCAGGUGAUGCAUGAGAACAUGUGACGUGAAAAUUUAAGUAAGUGGUACAGUAAGACAUAAUAUAUCAUGUAUGGAUUGAAAUAAAUGUCAUUUCCUUUUGUA